CGCUGAGCAACUAUCCACGGAGUGACCAAGCCAAUUGCUAUCCGGGCUACCAGAGCCGCGACAACUACCGCGGUAGGCACAUGCUAGGUUAUCAGACCCAUCGCGAUCACCCGGACCCAGAAUCAUUUUUGUCAGAUGGGAAUAGCAAUAACGAGCACCAUUCCCGUCUUGCGUUAUCUAUCGGAGAAAGGAGAGAUAGCCUCCGGGUAGCCCUGAGCCGAUGAUGGCCAGCCCCUCCCACUCAGAAGAGUCACCUCUCCUCCCUCCUACGGCCUUAUCACAAUCCGAAACGAGACCGAGACCGCCACGGAGCGUCACCUUCAACCCGAACCCGCUCGUUAAGACAAUCGAGAGCGAACCCGAAUACCAGCGACCCUCCCAUGCCUCACAGUCCUCCCACCGCCACCACCAUUAUGGCUCCUUGGGCCCAUCGGGGCCGAACCACUCGGCCAUCAAUUCCGGUGGCUUCGGCGGCGGUCCGCCAAUGAUCACGGCCCUGAACAACAAGCUCCGCAGGCGCAACAGCUACGGAGCACCGUCACCACCACCCGGCGUGGCGUUCUCCGGAGCCGGGAGCUACCCCGCCCAUGUUCAGCCAAAGAUGGGUCCGCAGCGCAGUAGCAAAAAGGCCCAGAAGCUCAAGCUCCUGCCGACUCCCGAGGUCGCCGAGGACGGACUCGACGAGGAACGCGGCGGAGACGUCUACUCCCAGUACACGCGCAUCAAGGACCCGUCGGCGAGACGGGAUGCCGCCCGCCUGGGGAAGGCGGACCGCGAUCGCCUGCCACGGGUCACGGCAUAUAGCACGGCCAACAGGUACCAGAUGGAAAGGCUGAUGCGGUUCCUGAAGGGCCGAGGGAAGACGAGGGGUGCGAACCCGACGCUGAUCGACGAAUGCAUCUACACGCCCUAUAGCUACGGGGGGGAGCGGGCGGGAGGGGGCGCGCAGGGUGAGAGGCAAGCACAUGUUGCUCCAACGCCCGUGACCAGCUAUGAACGACGACACUCGACUGGGGAGGUUUCGGGGGCUGACGGAGAGUUCCACCGAGAGGACCUCAUCGACCUAAGAGGCGAUGACCAGCCUGGGGAGAUAGGUAGCGGCUUUCAUGACGAUGGCAACGAUGACCUGGUCACCCAGGUGCUGGGGGAUGAGGUCGCUAUAUCGGACAAUGUUGCGGAUCUCGACAUCCAGGUGCACACGCCCGAAGUGUUCCUCUUCGAGUACGGUGUUGUGGUAAUAUGGGGGAUGUCGCUGGUACAGGAGCAGAAGUUUCUCAAGGAUAUCGCCAAAUUCGAGACCGAGAAGCUAGCACCGGACGAUGUCCAAACGGAAUUUUUCAACUUCUACUACACGCGAGAGUAUCAGGCUCAGAUCUACAACGACUUCAUCGCAUUAAGACAUGGGAGCAGCCACAUGACAAAGCUAGCCAUUUCCCACGCUCUGGCACAGAGCGUCAAGACCUCGCUCUUCGAGGAGCUCAUAGCCGCGACCAUCGACGAGUGCAAGGACAUUCCGGCGCAGCUCGCGCUGACGGGCAAGAUCGCGCUCAGCCGGCGGCAGAUCAACAUGCAGAUCGGCGAGCUCUUCAUCCUGCGCAUCAGCAUCCACCUCAACGGCUCCGUGCUCGACACGCCCGAGUUCUUCUGGCUCGAGCCCCAGCUCGAGCCCGUCUACCAGGCCGUGCGCAGCUACCUUGAGAUGGACCAGCGCGUCGGCCUCCUGACCGAGCGCCUCGACGUCAUCGCCGACCUGCUCGCCGUGCUCAAGGACCAGCUGAGCCAUGGCCACGGCGAGAAGCUGGAGUGGAUUAUCAUCAUACUCAUUGGCGCCGAAAUCCUGGUGGCCUGUGUAAAUAUUGUGGUGGACUUGUACGUUGGUAUGGACUGAGUGUUUGUUUUCUCGAGUUGUCUUUCGAGCAUGUCUGGUUCUUAUUUAAGGGGGUAGGGGUAUCCUAUGCAUUCGAAUGUCCCCUGCAUCUUUGCUCAGCCUUUGAAUGUUCCCUUCCUCUAUUGAGGAAGGCAAAUCUUGGAGGAAAUCCCUUCUUCGUUCUGGGGCGCUCCAGCCUGUCUGUACAUUAGGGAGUACCAUGACGAGCCAUUGCAUAGCUAGAUAAGGUGCUUCGCGGCCAAAAAGGUAUCCGCAGCAAGUAUUAUAAACCGAUAUCACAUAAAGCUCCC